ACAGACUUUGGGUCCUUUCAAAAACACGGGAACAACCUCGUGUACAACUUCAUGUACCUCUCCUAACAUUUUGGCUUUAUUUACUGUUAAAAAACGAAAUUCGUUAUGGACACUGAUAAUAAUCCAACAACGGAGGUAGCUGCUACUACUAUAGACAGUGAAGACACAACAGAAGUGUUCGUCAAGGUGAAGUCAAAGAAGACAUCGAAGCGAAAACGCGAGAUGGAUGGAGUCGAUAUGGAGGCUGAGGACUCCGUAGCAUGCAAGCGGCCUCAGUUUCCACCCAUUUCAGGCGACAAACUUAAGGGUGGUUCUGAUGAGAUGCGUAAGGUUGCUGUCCCGGCCCACAGGUAUACCCCUCUGAAGGAGAACUGGCUGAAGAUCUUCACACCCAUCGUCGAGAACCUACAGCUCCAAGUCAGAUUCAACCUCAAAACCAGAAAUGUGGAAAUUAAAACAUGUAAAGACACACAGGACAUUGGCUCUCUCACAAGAGCUGCAGACUUCGUACGAGCCUUCGUUCUCGGAUUCCAGGUUGAGGAUGCCCUUGCUCUCAUCAGAUUGGAUGAACUUUUCCUGGAAACCUUUGAUGUCACAGACGUAAAACCACUGAAAGGAGACCAUUUGUCCAGAGCUAUUGGGAGGAUAGCAGGGAAAGGAGGCAAAACUAAAUUCACCAUUGAAAAUGUGACCAAGACCAGGAUUGUUCUGGCAGACUCAAAAGUACACAUAUUAGGAUCUUUCCAGAAUAUUAAGAUGGCACGGACAGCGAUAUGCAACCUCAUCUUAGGAAGUCCCCCUUCUAAGGUGUACGGUAACAUCAGGGUCGUGGCCAGCAGGACAGCAGAGAGAUUCUAAAGUCACACGUGGAUUUAUUUUCUCGUCACCUGAUGAAAGUCAGGUAUUCACCAAGAUUCUGAUCGAAGACCGGUUUUGCCUUUUUUUAAACCUACGGUAAUAUGGAUGGGUGGACCUGGUCCUAGAUCACCACUCCUGAGACACUUUUUGGAUGUGGGCCCUUGCCUGACAUCUUCCAGGACUUUUGUUGUUGAAGCUGGACAUAUUGAUCUGGGGAGUGCCUACCUGCCUUCGACAUCUGGACUGGCAUGUCUCUUCCCACAGGGGAUAUUUGCAUGUAAAUGAUUUGCCCCUGGAUUUCAGUUUGAUUUAAAUAAAAUCUGAACCUAAAAGUAUUUGGAGGCCAACAAUUAAUUGUUACACAUAAAGUGAAAAUUUGAGUUAAUGUAAAUAAAAAUGCAGAAACCCUAA